AGUGAAACGAAUUCAAGGACGCCUCGGGCCGUCUCUUUUUUUUUAUGACGGCAAGGGCUCUGCUAGAGAAAGUGGAAAUACGAAGCGGCCAAUAUCAAGGUUGGAGAAUUCUUGGUACGUAAUGGAUCCGCAGUUUUGCAGAUGUCUUUAGACAGUCACGAUCUCAUCAGUACAGCCUCUCCGAUUUGACAGCUGAAAUUGUGGUUACAGGUGUUCCUAAAAUAUCAGCUGGUGUAGUCCAGUUGUUUCCAUUGGCCAAAGUGAUAUAUUUAACCAUCUAUUUCUAAGCAGAUUUCCAGUGUGGAUUACGACAGAAAUAUGUAUCUGUUUCUAAUAUUAUUCGCUACUCUUCAAGUCUACAUUAACGCAGAAAUACGGCAUACAUCUGGAGGUAAUGAUUUCUGUAUAGUUGACGGAAGACCAUACAGAAAUGGCGAAAGAAUUCCAAGGGAUCAUGUGUGUCACAUUUGCUUGUGCCACCAAGGCAGAGUUGAAUGCUCUUGGAUGAAUUGUCCGCCUCCUCCAGAAGGCUGUACGGAGUUUACUGUACCAAAUUAUUGCAACCCAACACUUUAUAUAUGCUCAAUUCCAGAAAAUUUGAGAGAGUCCAGAACUUCCAGACUCGUGCGAAGAGCUUCAGAUACGGCAGCUUCAGGGUUGGAUUUCUCUAAUCAAUCAGCAGGUGACUGCACUGUCUUAGGAGUGCCUUACCGUACUGGAGACCUCAUGGGAAUUGCCACAAAGUUUUGUUUGGAGUGUCGCUGCGGUCGUCAGAAUAUGUUUUGCAGUCCUAGAUGUUGCUUCAAACAUGCAAGUCUUCAUGAAAAUGUCAGUGAUAGAGAAGCUGCUGUGCGGGGACCUGUGACUCCAGACAAACAUCCUUUAUACCAUCUUUUUAAGUGAUUGACAUUUCGAUUUCAACCUGUUGCGAAGCUUCACGAUUUUCGAAGAUCACUAUAAAAUGAUAAUGUAGACAGUUCCUCUUUUUCUUUAUGUCAUUAUCAGUUAUCUCAUAGGGAUAGACGCACGUUAUACUGAUAAUCAUUUUAUUUGGAGUUGUUGGAAUGACUUAGAAGUGCUCUAGUCAGUCAUAGAUUGUUAUGAGAGAAUGAAUCAUAUUAUUUUGUUAUUGCGUUUUUUUUUCCUGUGAUUGUUUAAAUCAAUUAUGGAUUUUCAACUUUGCAUUUACGAAGCAAUACUUAAAAUUUGUACUUAAAUAUAUGAUCUGCAUGUGGUAUCAAUUCCUGUAGAUUGAAACGAAGCAAUGGAAAUAAUUACAAUAAAACUUAAUAUUUUAA